GCGUUUUAUCCAUCAUCCGGCAAUGUUUAUGUUAUUUACUUUGGCAAUAUCAGUAUCAGUGAAUCAUUUUGUAAAGAGAUGUAAAUAAUUUGCUCCAAAAAUACCGUUUUGCGUCACGCAUCGAGGUGCAUAGUGUGGUAGCCACUCGACAGAACCGGGUCCCGAUGUCUUUCUGGCUGCAACCGAUGCGAUACAAACGGCGGAUCGUGUACGUGUUUCUGUUUCUUUCGGCCGCACUCUACGUCCUGUACAGCUGCAUUCCGGAUCCGCCGAUACACAACUGUUUCCAGAUCGUUCCCGGGGACAGCUUCGUCGCCGGGGAUAGCUUGGAAGAUGUGCAGCAGUCUAUGCCGCAGCCGACCGACGAUGGGCGUAACAUCUUCUUUCACGAAACAUCCUGCUUGAAGGAGGACGGUAUUGUGCGGCUGAACGCCCGACAAGCGUGUGCAAUCGAGUCGGCUGCCCGGGCCAAUCCGGAGUGGAACGUGUACGUACUGUUUGCGGCCCCGGUUGGCUUCCGGAACCACACGACACAGCCAAUCCUUGACGCACUGCUCGAGUAUCGCAAUGUGCAUCUGCGCUACGUUAAUUUGACCACAUACGCGAACGAAACUCCGCUGGAAGAAUGGAUGGCGAGUGGGGAAAUCUUUCGCUCGCUGUACAUGAACUCGCAUCUGUCCGAUGUGAUGCGCUACCUGACCCUGUACAAGUACGGUGGAACGUACCUUGAUCUGGAUGUGAUCGUGCAGCAAUCGUUUGAGAAGCUGGAACCGAACUAUGCCGGUGCCGAGUCGGUGCGAUGGGUUGCGGCCGGCGUGAUGAACUUCGAACCGAAAGGCCACGGUCACGAGCUGGCGGAAAUGUGUGUUCGCGACCUGCUGGCCAACUUCAACGGCAAGGAUUGGGGCAACAAUGGCCCGGGGGUGGUAACGCGCGUACUGCAAAAGUACUGCCACACACGGUCGACGGCUCACAUGACCCGGGAACGGUGCCGGCACUUUACCGUCUAUCCGAUCAGUGCAUUUUACGCGAUAGGGUACGAAGAUUAUCGGCAGUUUUUCGAGGAACAGUACCUGGAGCACGCCCUCUACACGCUCAAUCAAUCGAUAGUGGUGCACGUGUGGAACAAGUUUAGCAAGAACCAUCCGGUGCGGGUUGGGUCACGGGUCGCUUACGGUGUGCUAGCCGAACGGCACUGUCCCAAAGUGUACCGUUCUUGCGGGACCGUUUUUAAAAGUGAAUCCGUCACAGCUCCGUCUUCUACAUUGAAGCGUGUCGCCACGACUACCUCCGCACCAACAACUCCAAGUCCAUGGAUCGACACCUGUUUCAAGAUCUUCGGCAGUAAUGUCACUACCGGGUACAGCUUACACGGCAAACACAUACUGGAGGAUGUGCAGCAGUCCGUACCGCAGCCGACCGACGAUGGCCGUAACAUCUUCUUUCACGAAACAUCCUGCUUGAAGAAGGACGGUAUUGUGCGGCUGAAUGCCCGACAAGCCUGUGCAAUCGAGUCGGCUGCCCGGGCCAAUCCUGAGUGGAACGUGUAUGUACUGUUUGCGGCUCCGGUUGGCUUCCGGAACCGCACGACACAGCCAGUCCUUGACGCACUGCUCCAGUGUCCUAAUGUGCAUCUGCGCUACGUCAACUUGACCACAUACGCGAACGAAACACCGCUGGAAGAAUGGAUGGCGAGGGGGGAAAUAUUACGCUCACAGUACAUGAACUCGCAUCUGUCCGAUGUGAUGCGCUAUCUGACCCUCUACAAGUAUGGUGGAACGUACCUUGAUCUGGAUGUGAUCGUGCAACAGUCUUUUGAGAAGCUGGAACCGAACUAUGCCGGUGCCGAAUCGUUUGAUUUGAUUAAUUCCGCUGUAAUGAACUUGGAACCGAAAGGCCACGGCCAUGAGCUGGCGGAAAUGUGUGUUCGAGACCUACUGGCCAACUAUAAUGGUUAUCAAUGGGCUCAAAAUGGUCCAGGGGUAAUAACGCGCGUAUUGUUUUUUGAAGAACCGUACCUAAAGUCGGUCCUCGAUGCGCUCAAUCAAUCGAUCGUGGUGCACCUGUGGAACAAGCUGAGUAAAGACAAUCCGGUGUGGGUUGGGUCACGGGUCGCUUACGGUGUGCUAGCCGAACGGCACUGUCCCAACGUAGAUACGACUACUCAAGCUUUUCAGUGUAAAAUGUUCUCACAAAGAAAGUGUCGCUUUGUUCUUUAUAUCGUUGGUGCAUUCGUUUUUCUUCUGCUUGUACGUCGCAUUGGUGAUCGCCAGAGGAGAAUUACGCCGCACAUUUACUCUCAGAUUGUCGAAGAAGAUUUGGAAUUUUGGGAAUCAUACGAAAACCGAUUUUUCGCCACAAAACAAUUACACCAACAGAAAAGUGAAUCCGUCACAGUUCCGUCUUCAACAUUGAAGCGUGUCGCCACGACUACCUCCGCACCAACAACUCCAAGUCCAUGGAUCAACACCUGUUUCAAGAUCUUCGGCAGUAACGUCACUACCGGGUACAGCUUACACGGCAAACACAUACUGGAGGAUGUGCAGCAGUCCGUACCGCAGCCGACCGACGAUGGCCGUAACAUCUUCUUUCACGAAACAUCCUGCAUGAAGAAGGACGGUAUUGUGCGGCUGAAUGCCCGACAAGCCUGUGCAAUCGAGUCGGCUGCCCGGGCCAAUCCGGAGUGGAACGUGUAUGUACUGUUUGCAGCCCCGGUUGGCUUCCGGAACCGCACGACACAGCCAGUCCUUGACGCACUGCUCCAGUAUCCUAAUGUGCAUCUGCGCUACGUCAACUUGACCACAUACGCGAACGAUACACCGCUGAAAGAAUGGAUGGCGAGGGGGGAAAUAUUACGCUCACAGUACAUGAACUCGCAUCUGUCCGAUGUGAUGCGCUAUCUGACCCUCUACAAGUAUGGUGGAACGUACCUUGAUCUGGAUGUGAUCGUGCAACAGUCUUUUGAGAAGCUGGAACCGAACUAUGCCGGUGCCGAAUCGUUUGAUUUGAUUAAUUCCGCUGUAAUGAACUUGGAACCGAAAGGCCACGGUCAUGAGCUGGCGGAAAUGUGUGUUCGAGACCUACUGGCCAACUAUAAUGGUUAUCAAUGGGCUCAAAAUGGUCCAGGGGUAAUAACGCGCGUAUUGGUAAAGCACUGCCAUACCCAGUCGAUCACCAACAUGACCCAGCAUUGUUCCCAGCACUUUACCGUCUAUCCACCCAGCGCUUUUUACGCAAUUGCGUAUUGGAAUUAUAAACAGUUUUUUGAAGAACCGUACCUAAAGUCGGUCCUCGAUGCGCUCAAUCAAUCGAUCGUGGUGCACCUGUGGAACAAGCUGAGUAAAGACAAUCCGGUGCGGGUUGGGUCACGGGUCGCUUACGCUGUGCUAGCCGAACGGCACUGUCCCAACGUGUACGGGUCUUGUGGGCCCGUCUUCUACUCCUCCAAAAUGAUCUCACAUAAUUCGUUCCGCUACGUUCGAUAUGCUGUGUGUGCAUUAUUGCUGCUGCUGCUGUUUCGAUUGAUACGCGAUCGCCGCCCGAAACCGGCGUACAUUCCCGCCGACGUUGCUCAAGGAGAUCCGGGCUUUCUGACGUCCUACGACACCUCGAAAGACUUGCACGCGCACAGCAGCGUGUACUUUAUCGAAUCGUCCGCACCGUUCAAGCGCAUCAUCACGAUCGGACCGCGGCAGGCGUGCGCGAUCGAGUCGGCAGCACGUGCCAAUCCGCUCAAGAAGAUAAUCGUCCUGUUCGCCUCCUGGAACCCAAUAACGAACCCCAGCCAGGUACGGUUUCCCGAUCUGCCAACGUUGGCGGGGUUUGGAAACGUUCACUUCCGCUGGCUAGAUUUGAACCGGUUCGCGCAAGGUACACCGGUGGAGGCGGUGAUCCGAUCGGACCGGCUGCACGAACGGCCGAAUGGUGCCGAGUAUCUGUCGGAGAUAUUGCGCCUGGUGCUGCUGUACAAGUACGGUGGCAUCUACCUCGACCUCGACGUGGUGACGCUGAAAACGCUCGACUUUGUCAAUGCAAACUUUUUCGGCGCCGAAACGGAACGGCUUGUCGGAACGUCCGUAAUCGGACUAAGGCGGGGCGGGUUUGGGGAACUGUUUGCCGAGCGUUGUCUCAACAACUUCAAAUAUUUCGACGAACAAAAAAACAUCCGCAAUGGGUCCUUUCUACUCACCUACCAGGUCGUUCAGACGUGCGAAACACUCACCCUACAGGAGAUCCUUGACAGCGGCUGCCGCGGAAUGCUGCAGGUGCACCGGCGGAGUAUCUUUCAUCCCUUCGACGAAACCAACGUGGGCAUGAUGUUCGAUCCUAGCCGGCUGGAGGAAGCGAAGGACCGCCUUGCCCAUGCGAUGACCGUUCACAUGCUCCAUCGUACUAGCGGGAAGAUGCGAGUCGCUGGCGGCACAACGGGCUAUCAGUUGAUUGCCCAAAACUACUGUCCAAGGGUGUAUGAAGAAAAUAGCUAUGAUUUUUAAAAAAGGAUAAACGCAAUAAAUAAGAGAGAGCGAGAG